AUGGCUGCGCCCCGCCAGCCCCCGCCGCGGCUGCACAUCCCGCCCCACCUCGCCGCCCAGCAGCCCCCGCCCAUGUUCUCCCCCGCCUUGCCGACCGCCAUCCAGCAGUUCCCCGGCCCAGGCGGAUUUCCACUCCAGACGCCGAUGCAGGUCAGCUUCUUUCCCAACGGUCCGCCAGGCGCGCCAGUGCGCCCGGGCAACCUCUCGCACAAGGCGCGAGCAAGCAUCGCGCACCUCGCCGCCGCCGGCAUCAUGCCGCCCCCGGGCGUGCCGAUGACCCCCGGCGUGCCUAUGACACCCCUUGGCGGCGCGUUUCCUGGAGGGCCGCCGUUUGCGGGGAGGAAUAGGAGGGCGCCGAGCAUCAGCAUCGGAGGGCCGCCGAAGGCUGCGUUGGGAGGACCGGGCAAGAAGCACGAACCCUUGCCCGUCCUGCAGCAGGUAGCGCAGGCCGUCGCGCCCCCACCGAAGCAGAAGAAGGUCGUUGUCAACAUCCCGAAGGAAACGGUCAAGGACGAGGACGCGGAAGGAGCAGAGCCGUCCACGAGCACCCGGCCCAGCUUCGCACGAACGCCGAUUCCGACGAAGGACUUGCCCGCGCAAGUGGAAGUACCUGGUCCCGACCUUUUCACCGCCGAGGAGCGCGAUAACGACGCGUGGCGAUACUCAGUACCGGAUACAGUGGACGUGUUCCUUCCCGGACGGAGCGCGUGGAUAGAGCUAAAGAAUAAAGUUGUGGAGGAGAAGCUGGAAAAGAUGGGGAUAGAGAAAGGUUCAAGCAAUAUGAGCCCGAGCAUCACGUCCUCCAUACCGCACAUCCACGCGCCUCACGCGCGCGCCGCGUCGAUUUCCUCCCCCGCAGACCCGGCACUGCUCCUCUUCAAGCUCACCAAGCUUCAACAAGCGCAAGCGUCCGCUCCCGUCUCCGCCGAGCACUCGACCUCCGCGUCCCCUCAAGCCCCCUCAUUCAUCCCAUCCUCUGUGUCCCCAGGCCUCCCUCCCCGUUUUCAGGCGCAAAACUUACCCCUGAACCCCGCCCGCCCCGGCCACGCCCACAGCCAGUCGCUCGCGUCCGGCCCGGUGUUCUACAACCCGAACGCGGCGUUCAACCCCUUCGGCCCCCACGCCACCCUCGGCUCGGACCAGAUUGUGCGCCGCCCUCCUUCGGCGAGCGUCUCCCCGGAGCCUUCCGCGUCUACGCCACCCGUCGCCGCAUCGCAGCCACUGCAGGCGCGAGGGUUCAACCUUCAGGCCCCGGUAUUUGCGCCCCUGGGUCGUGUACCUCCCGCUGUUCUUGGAUCGCUCGGCGGUGGACUGAAAGCCCCGUCGCCCGCUCCGCCCGCUUCGAGACCCGAGAGUCGCCCCGAUUUUGCGAGAGGGUUCGGAUUGGACAUUCCGGAGGAGGAAGAGCCGCCGGAAGAGCCUUUGGAAUCGCAACAGGUGGAUCAACCGGAGGAGGUGAUAGACUUGGACACGUCCCAGGAGAUCGAGAUUCCCGCAGAAGGUCUUUCUGCCGUGAAAGACUUUGCACCUCAGCAGCAAGAAUUCGUAGAGCAAGAAGGAGGAGAACCGGAGGAGCAAGAUCAGGAACAGGAACAGGACGGAUUCGGAUUCGGAUAUCCAGAGACUAUACCCGAGGAAGGCGAGACGACGGAAGAGAUGGAUAUCCGUACGGCGCAGCAGAGCCGCAUGCAUUCGCGGCACGUGUCGAAAUUGUCGGCGGCGUUGUCGUUGAGGUCGGUUGGAGGCGUCGAUGGACGGCUUGCGGCCAGGAAUGGGGCGGGUGAGAUGAACGCGAUCCAUGAUGGAGAUACGCAGGUUGGGGACGAGGAUGGAGAGAGGGAUGAAGUCGGAGAGAGGGAUACGGAUGCCGUGGCUGAGUGGACGGGAAGCGAAGAUAUGAGGAUUGAGAGCGACGAUGAGGGCUCUCUCGGAGACUUCUCCAACCCAUCCGACGAAGAGCGAGCGCGCCAAGAAAGGAUGCACCGGCGCAUGAUGCGCCGUGGCUCGCAGGAGCAGCCCCGUCGUCUUCCGAAUUUCCCCCGCCCGCCGGAGAACACGAUGGCCUUCCCGCACCCGCAUACCCACAUCGCCGUGCAGCAGAUACACCAGAGGCGAGCGACGACGGACGACGACAUCGUUUCCAACCCCUCGCUCGAGGACGCGCACCACCACGACCAGGAUGGCUACCUCGGCGUCGGCGAGGGCAACACUUUCUUCCAGCGAAGCUUCAGCAGCCUGAGCGGGAAGGGCCGGCCGCUCCCUCCGCUCCCGCACUCGCGCGCGGCGAGCACACAGUGGAGCAUGCACGAUCCAGCUCUCGCGCACUCUCGCCAGAGCAGCGAGCAGUACGGCACCCCGACGCCGCCGAUCGCCCAGCCGCAGCCGCAGCACGCGCCGUCCACGUCGUUCAAGUCGCUCAACCCGAACGCGCCCGCGUUCGAGUUCAAGUUUGGCGGGCCGUCCAAACUCUCUUCGUUUGGGUCGAGCUCGUCCGCGGCGCUGCCUGCCAUCGUGCAUUCGUCCCAACCGUCGUCGUCGGGCGGCCACGAACGUAGCUCUUCGUUCGGCAAACCUCUCAAUGUCGCCGCACCAGAAUUCAAGCCCGGCAACUUCACCUUCCGACCGCCCGCCGGCGCUCCCCAGAUUUCGUUCGAGGCACAGUCCCUGGAAGUGCAGAGGUCGCCCGCGGCGCGGCCGCUGCCGACCCCUCCCGUUGCGCACCUUGAGUCGCAGUAUGCGCCCACUCGAGCGGAGCAAGGCAGGGAGAAACGGCAACGUCGCGCGUCGUACGAUUCGCUCGACGACGACGAGAACGUCGGCAACAUCUCCAUGCAGAGCUUCCGCUUCCCGCCCGCGUCGGUGUCGGAGAGCCCGGAGAGGGUUCGUCGCCCCGAUUCGGCUCCGACGAGCCCGAGCGAGCGCCAGGGCCACGAGCGGAGGAAGAGCUCGCUCAACGCGGCCGCGCCGCCGUUCACUUUCUCAGGCUUCUCCGGUAUCCGUCAGUACAUCAGGGAUGAGGAGCAAGAUAAGGAGAACGUGCCACCGGUUGACGCGCGUCACGACGAGGACGAGGAGGAUGCGGUGCAGGAGCAGGAAGAAAGGGAGCAGCUGGCCAACGACGCGGACGACGAGAGUAUGCCGGCGGAUAUGACGACAAGGGCCGAGGCCGGGGACGACAGCGAGUACGUCACGGAAGAAUUACCCAUUCCACCGCAGUUCAAGCCUAAGCGCGCACCGAUACCGCUGGACUUCAAGCAUCCUGUGUCUACUAACACCGUCCCGGCGUCGCGAUUCAAGGCGUUGGCGAACGGCAACCGGUCCCGCCGAGGCAGUCGCGACGUGUUCGAUCACACACCCAAGCCUUCGCUCGACGACUUCAGCGUUGUUGGCAUUUCGAAGAAGAAGAGCAGAAGCCACCUGGGCAUGACGGAGGACGACGCGGAAGCGUCGAUGUCCAUCGCGCGGUCGCCCAACACGCCCAUUUACCCGCCGAGCCCGCCGAAACCACUUCGUCGCUCAUCCUUGCCUACGCAUAGUGCGACGUCCUCUGGCUCCGGUUCCAGCUCGUCGAUUUCGGAGAAAGACGAGCAGAAGAGGCUGCAGGAUCUCAAGCGUUAUGAGCGCCGUCUCGCAGACUUGCUGAACGAGAAGAUGGAUGCGAUACGGAGUGACAUCGCCGCUCACAGCCGCGCAUCGGCUGGCGGCAUCGACGCUUCUACGCAAUCCAUGAUCGCGGAGGUGGUUUCCCUCUUCCGUGCUCAGCUCCAGGAAUCGGCUGCUCGCAGUCUUGAUGACAUCCAAACCAACGCUCGCGCCGAGUUUGACUUCCAGAUGAUCAAAGAUAUCAUCGACCAGGGGCACGCCGAAUCUCGUGCGAUGCUGCAGCACGAUCUUGCUGAGGUUAUCCAGAGGAUCGACUAUCAGCAACGUGAGACUGGCUCGCAUCUGAUCCCGCUCGUGCAGGACGUCGGCAAGCGGACGAUUGAAGCUACCAUUCGCGCCUCCACCCAGCUCGGCCAGCACUUGGAGAGCAUUGUUCAACAAUCACCUUUGACGUCGGCGAUGGAGAGGGAGAACAUCACUAUGGAGAUCGUGUCUGCCUUACACCCCCACCUUGCCUCUAUGCGCAGCGAGCCUAUAGACUAUGACGGACUCACAGCGAGGCUGACUCAAGCCGUGAAACCCCAUAUAUCUCAGCUCAUCGACUUAGCUUCCGACAAGCGGGAGACCGCCGAGCUCAUCGUCAACGCGUUGCGCCCCCUCCUCCCCAGGCCCACCGCGACGCCACCGCCACUUAACAUCGAUGCUCUCAAGGCCGAACUUGGUGCGGAAGUCCGGAAGAUCGUCUCAGGUCUCGAUGCCCACGAGAUAAAGGAACAAGUAUCGGAUCUGGUUGUCGAGCGUCUCGAUUCUCGUCUCGCCGUCAGGGACCGCGCGCUCAACGUUGACAGCAUCGCGACGAAAGUAUCGGACGCGGUUGCUGCGCUACAGGGGCCGAUUAAGGAUGUCCAGGUUGCGUUGAGUACCGUAUCUGAGGGUCACCAAUCGUUGGCUUCUCAGUCACAAACCCUUGCGUCGGUGAAGGAUGAUAUCCUUGCUCUGCUGUCUGAUCUGCCCAAGCAACUGACCAAUGCCGCGGAUGCCCUGAAGUCGGCGCAGGCGGAAGUCAUCGCCAAGGCCGAAAAAUCCGACGCCGAUCCGCAGACUCUGGAAGCCAUUCAUACUCUGGAAAAGUCGGUGCAGCACCUCCACAACAACCAGCGCACGCUUUCCUCCCAAAACGAAGAGCUCCUUGGCAUGCAUCACGAGACGAUCAACAGUAUGAAUGCAUUGCCAGAUGUUUUGGUGUCCGCUGUCAAGGUCCUCGAAGGCGCUCAUGCCGAUUUAUUGUCCCGGGACAGCGUUUACAAGCGCGACUUGGACGAGGUCCGCAAGAUCAUGGGCACGAACGCCGAGCUACAGGCCCAGCUCGCCAAGGCUCGAAGCGCACAUGGCUCGGUCAGGGUCGAGAAGGAUGCGCUGAACGAGCGUCUGUUGGCCGCAGAAGCCGACCGCGACCGCUUCCGCGCGCAAGUGGAAGAAAAGAACGCUGCUGCCUCCGCGCGGGCCUCCGAGAACGCUGCUUUGGCGAGUCGCAACAAAGAGCUCGAGGCGGCGCUUGCCGAGGCACUCACCCGGGUCAAGGCCUCGGAGGAAUCCGCUCAAACACAGAAGGGUCGCAUCGCUGAACUCGAGAGGCAAGGCAAGGAGUUGGGUGCCGACAAACAGCAAUUGAAAGCCAAGAUCGACUCGAUGGACGUUCAAAACAAGCUUCUCGCUCGCGAUAAGGACGCCCUUGAGAAAGAUCUCAAGCAGCUACAAGACGAGCGUGAGCGUCUGCUACCUAGCCAAGACCAGUGGGACAAUCUGCGCCGGGCCUCGGAGCAGAUCGAAGCGCUCGCAAGCCUUGUCAGGCAAGCUGACGAAGAGGAGGUCAAGGAGCUUCGUCGUGUCAAAGAGCGCAACGACAAGCUGGAAGCCGACUAUGCGGCGCUGCAGAAGCGUUACAAGGACCAGGACGGACGUGUCGCGAACGCCGAGCGUGCGACGUUCACUGCCCGCCAGAAUCUACAGCAAGCGCAACAACGUGCGGCAGAAUGGGAGAAGCGGGCCAAGGACUAUGAAACAGAAGUCGACGCCCUGCGGAAUCAGCUGGAAGAUGCGGAGCAGGCCCGCGCACAGCUUGAGACAGAUCACUCUCUGGCGAAGCUACAAUUGGAAGAAAAGGAUGCUCACGACAGGCUGUCCAGGGAUCGCGAAAGCAAGCUACGCGAUCAAGUCGCCGCGCUCGAGCAGCGUCUUGCGCGCAUGCAGGUUGAACUGGACGAGGUGCAGAAAUCUACCGCUCCCGCGACCCCUAAGCUAUCCAAUGGCAAGGUCAACGGGAUCACGUACGCCACCCCUCGUCCUGGAUCUCGCGCAAGCACCGUCUACGGCCAAAACGGGCUCACGACUCCGACCUCGAACGGGCGUCCGUCCUCCCGCGCAUCCACUGCUCGUUCGGCCACGCCGCCCGCGUACCAACAAUCUGUCCGGGACUCGAUUCAUGCUCCCAAGAGGUAUCCUAGUAAUUUAGGCAUUGCGACACCGCAAGCUCGGAGACCACACCUUGCUCCUCAAUAUCAACGUUCUGUGGCGUCGCCAACUCCGAGCGUUGUGUCGAACGCACCGACUCUUGGUGACGAUGGCUGGUGGGCGUAA